GAUAGCUAUUUUUGUCAGCAGACCAAAAACAAACCGGCAAGCCCUUGAUAUCGACGUAAAAUUUGGAAUCGUUUAUGCUUUUCAUGAGUUUUAGUGCAUAUUUUCUGUUAGUUAUCCCUAGAAUUCAUCAACAUGUUAUGUUUUUUAUUCAUAGCAUUAAUUUUUGGCACAGUUGAUCACGUUCUAUGCUUAAGUUCAUUCCUUUACAUGAAUGUCCACAACAGUGGCUUUCACAGAGACAUUCACUAUUCUCUGAAGUUUGGCGGAAUUGCGAAACGAUCCUGUGAGUUGCUACUUCUGCAGCAGCUUCCGGCCGCGAUGUACGUGGAUGUUGAUCAGCUCAAUAACAUGAAGAAAUUCAAAAAGAUCAACAGUUAUGUUCCACUCUAUGUUGAUGUGGAAAAACCUGCGAGUAAAUCCAGCCCAUUCACGGUCUAUCUGUUCGGAAAUAUUCGGCGGGAGGUUAACAUAACACUACCGAUCCAUUUCCGGUACCAUGAUCCGUCGCAAAAGAAAUUUGAACGCAUUCAAAUAGAAAGUCCCCUGCUAUACAUCCAGUGCCGUGGCACAAGUAGCAAGAAUCCGCUGAAGACAACGGUUACUCAUCAACAUCCCUGCACAAGCAGUGCUCAAAUUUACGACUACGAUAAGUUGAAUCAAGCCCAAUACUGCGAAUGGAGUGAGCUAGAAUUCAGUAACGUUCCAACUGUGAUCAGCGUCCUAAUCCCUGUGGGCAACAGCGCUUCGUACAAGUUCGUCCUGCCAGCCACCAUCCUGGUCAGCUGGAUUGGUAGUAUGUAUCUCAUCUACAUCAUCGUCAAGUCAGCGACUACGUCCACGCAACAAUCAACAUGUGACGGUAAUCCAAGGCCCUUUAACACUCCCAUUACGGUUUACUGCGUCGGUAAUUGACACGAUUAAUAACAC